GUCAGAAGAAAGAUGUGCCCAAGUAACAUGACCAUUCAGGGAAUAAAACAUUCUGGCGUCCUGAUGCCUCGGCUUAUUUGAAUCUUGACCCUCUCUCGCCAAAGAUAUUCCUUGAGGAACUCUGAAUUAAAAAUGAGAGUGGUUCUCGUGUUUGCAGGCAUUCUUGGGACCGGGCUUUCCUUGAACAUUCCACGCGACAGGUCUCACUCCGGAACUUCAGAUCCUUGUUCAUUGUCCCCGUGUGCAAAGAACGCAAUUUGUAAAACAUCUCCGAAUGGGUUGGCUUUCUGCAAUUGUCAGAGCGGCUUCACGGGAAAUGCAUUCGAGAGCUGUCAAGAAUUAGAGCCUGGAAAUUCAGCAGUAUUGGGGGCUGCUGUUGCUGGAUCGGGCUCACCCAUCCCACAAAUUUUAGAAACCACACCCAUGCACUCUGGUCAAUCUGGUCAAGUAUCAACUAAUCCUAACCAAUCUUCGUUGAAGGUGAUCUAUGACCUCGAAGGGACUCAGAAAACUCCGGGAAUGUUUACUGUCGAGUAUCAACCCUCAUCGGACGUUGACAUUAGUCGAAUUCCAAUUCUUGGAUCAUCGCCCACAACGCAAUUGACAACCCAGCCAAUGGACCAUCAGCCCAAUUUUCAUGUCCAGUCCCCCGUUAUUCUCCACGAGACUGUUGUUCACACGCCACACAUUCAACGCCGUCCUUCAUCAGACCAUGAAAACCAGCAUUCUUCGUCGCCGCAGCACUCCGCGGUUGCUGAUCCCAUGGGACAGUACACUAACUGCGUAACUGUCAAGGGUGUCAUUGUUUGUGCAGAUAACUCAGCUGACAAUUCAAUGGGUGGAAGUAGACGGAUUGAACCAGAAGUCAGUCAUACCACCCACACGUUACUACCACCACUUCCUUCACGCCAUCAGAAUCACCACAACCUCAAUAAUUUAAACCAAUUGUCCCACCAAAUUCCAACCGUAGCUAAAAACUGCAACACAAUGUGCGGCAUCAACUCUGUGUGUCGCAUGAUAAAGCACACCCCCGUGUGUGGAUGUCCAGUGGACCAUACUGGUGAUCCUGGCGUGCGAUGUGACCCUAUUGAAAAGCAGGAGGAAAAGUCUGGUUGUCAAAAGCACACGGAAUGUGCUCCUACUCAAGUUUGUGCCGACUCAAAGUGUUUGGACCCAUGCAAAGACGUCGCUCAGUUUGGCGUGGGGAGGGACCCAGUCGUUGGAGGAGGAAAUGCCUCACCUAUCUGCGGAACAAACGCUAAUUGCAUGGUUAUUCAUCACACUCCUUUGUGUGGAUGCGUGGAAGGGUAUUAUGGGAACCCGUAUGUGGGAUGCGUAGCCUAAGUUUUCUUGUACAUAUGUAAAUUGUAUGCUGUAUCGACAUUAAAUAAACAUUCAGUAGUCUCUGAUGGAUA